AUGACGCGCAUCGAGGGUCUCGUCCGUGAAUGGAUGGCGCAGGAUUUGCGCCUUGCCCGCGAGCGCAUGACUGAAUCAGCUCCGCCACAUGUGCAUCGUGGAACGAAUGACUUCAGCCCUCCUCCGCCACGCGGGGAGUCUGCACCACCUCCCGAUCGCGGUGCGCCCGACGCUGUUGGAGGCGAUGUCGGCGUGCAGCGCGGCGAUGCAGGCGACGUCAACACCGUCACUCCGGGUGAUGACGAUGUGGAGAUAUGGGUGCGCGGCGCCGACGAUUAG